AUGGCUGAAAAGCACUUCAAAGUUAUUAUCGCGGGUGGUGGCAUCGCCGGCCUCGGCCUCGCCAACAUGCUGGAGAUGGCCGGGAUUGACUGGGUUCUGCUCGAAUCACACAACGAAAUUGCACCGCAAGUCGGAGCCAGCAUUGGACUGUUCCCAAAUGGGUUGCGAAUCCUUGACCAGAUAGGUGUCUAUGAGGCUAUUCGAGCUACAUGGGGUUACCAUCCGAUGAGCAACACCAACCGCGACGCCAAGGGUCGAGUUAUAUGCUUCAGUCCGGCGAUGGGCGAUCGUCUCGAGGAGCGUCACGGGUACCCUUUUAUUUUCAUCGAUCGACGAAGCCUUCUCGAAAUCCUGUUCGAUAACCUGAAACACAAGGACAGGGUUCACCUCAGAAAGAAGGUUGCAAAUGUGGAUAUGGGGGAGCAUGGCGUUCAGGUUACUACUGCCGAUGGAGAGACGUUUGAAGGUGACAUUCUGGUGGGCGCAGAUGGUGUUCACAGCAGAGUAAGAGAGGAGAUGUGGCGUAUCGGUGAACAGAUCCAACCAGGGGUCUUCCUCAAGGACCGGGAAUCUCUAGUUUCCUGCCGAUACAAAUGCGUCUUUGGAAUUUCCGAGAUGUCCGAGGGCCUCGAUUCCAACGAAUUCGUCUGUGGAGAUGGGCAUUCAUAUCUCAUAUGCCCAGGGCCAGGUAAACGGACAUACUGGUUUCUGUUUGUGAACACGGGCAAUGGCUUGGUGAGAAAAGACCAGAUACCCCGGUAUACGAAAGAAGAGGAGGCCUCACUUGUCCAGAAACACCUACGUGAUCCGAUUUCUGGGAGACAUACUUUCGGCGAUCUCUAUGAGAGUCGCCUUUACUCUACUCUCACUCCCCUCGUGGAGCAUGUUUUCAAGCGUUGGCACUUUGGCAGAAUCAUGCUGUUGGGAGAUUCGGCCCACAAGCAUAACCCUAUCGCAGGGCAGGGGGGCAUGUCAGCUCUUGAGUCUGGGGCCGCGUUUGUCAACGAGCUUCAAAGUUUACUCAAACGAAACAAUCCGAGAACCAUAUCGAACAAAGAAUAUGAUUCCAUGCUUACACGGACGCAACGCCGCUUUGAGACCCGCGUAAAGGGGUUGGUCAAAGCUGCUAACGACCAACAGAGGCUCCUAGCGAAUGACCAUCCUAUGUCAGGCUUGGUCCCUGGGUUUCUUGGGACGUUCGGCGGGCUUGAAUAUGAUCUGAGACAUCUUAAAAAGAGAGUAGUAGGCGCAAUCAGCCUUCGCGAUUUCCCGCCGCCCAAACGACCACGGCUUGUUCCGUUUACUGAUGAGUUGCCUGCGCGACCUAUUCGCAAGAUGUGGAUGUUGAAAUGGCUGUCUAUCAUGGUGACGGGUUACAUCCUCUUUUGUUCAAGAGAACUGUACAACCUCUCAGCUCUGUGGAGUAGCUUUGACGAUGUUGUAGGAUGGGGGUUACAACAGACAAAUGUGAGCGUUCUGAUGGACCAAAUUCGGUCAACAGUGAUGCCCACCUACUCUCACCUGAAUCCAGAACAUGAUCUCAACAAAACCGUGGCAUUCAUUGAAACAGCAUUAAUUCUGAUAUCUCUGGUUGCUAUUUGGACGAUCGAAGGUUCUCGACUUGGUCACCAAAGAAGUAUUAUUCGCUGGCCCAUUAUGUUCUGGGUUGCUCUCAAGAUGAAAGGUCUUGGUUGGACAACCUCUCUAUACUUUAUUUUUCAUAUGGCGUUUGGUAGCCAGACAAUUAUUGGACGACCAGUACCGUCCCCUGCUGUCAAGGCGGCCAAUCUGGCUCUCUUCAUUAUCUAUUUAGUCGCUACUGCGCUAAUGGUGGUACCAAAUUUCAAAGAGCAAUCAGUUCGGAUUUCGUCCGACUUUUUGCAAUCCAUUCCUGUGUACACCGGGGUACUGACAGCACUGAUUUCGGCCCUCUCUUCCCAAUUUACCCGCACCGAAGGACUGGAACAUUCCCAGUCGACUUCAAAAAGGGGCGUCUCUGACAAGAGUGCCGUCGUUGGUAUACCCAAUCGCGACGUUGUGUAUCUCAACAGAUUAUACAUCCUCUUGUACGUCUCCUUGGGUACAAUCCACCUUGGAACGGUGAUUUUCGCUGCUGUGCAGCUGAAAGAGUAUUUUUCUGGCAUCCUGCAGUCGUCAGGCCUUCCUUUUCUCGGGUCUAUGCCUGAUACUUCCGAAGGCGCAUACAGCCAGUUGAUCUGGGAUCUCGCCUUUGCUUCGGCAUCCCUCUUCAUUUUCUUGCUUCAUACUGUCUGGAAUCUCCGCGGCACGGGGUGUAUAUUAACAUUGCAUGCAUUCAAAGUAACCGCGAUGGUCUUAGUCGGCCAAAUCAUUGCUGGACCCGGUGCAACUUAUGCUGCUCUAUGGCACUGGCGGGAGAAUCUGCUCUCAGGAUUGUCGGAACAGUACUAUUGA